CCAUGACCCCAUCCGCUCACACAACUGUCCAGUUGCUACACACAAUCAGCUUGAGGUCUUUUCCCAAAAACCGUAUGGCUUUAAAUAACAAGACGGGAUUUGAGAGCAUACAGCAUCUGAAGCUGAAUUAACCCCAUCAUUUCCACACUGGACUGAAUGAUAUUUGGACACUUUGUAGACUUAACAUACAGGCUUCUGAAUGAAUGAUUGGGUGGGCCAUGACGUCAAUGUGGUGGGACCUUUACAGAUCCCACCCAACGAUGCGUUCCCUUUAUCAGAGAGCUCACACUUUUUUGAUAUUCUGGCAGAGCAGAACAGUCCCUUGCUACAGGACCAGGAGGUCAUGCCCUUCACCAGCUAUCCCAGCAUGCAGUACACUUCAGUGGAGCCCUCCAUGUCAUCACCGUCAUAUUACUCCAGUCAGCAUUGCUACUCACAGUACGGUGCGGAGGAAUGGUACUCUCCGUCUGCCAUGUUUGAGAUGAGGAAAGGACCGUUGGAGGGUGGUUUUGAUAAUGAGCUGGAUGAAUCUUGCCCUGUCGUCCCGACUGUGUGUAAACGGUCAAGACAUGCAGGCCACUCUGGAAAAAGCAAAGGCGAGGAACUGUGUGUGGUCUGUGGAGAUAAAGCAUCAGGGUAUCACUACAAUGCACUCACUUGUGAAGGGUGUAAAGGUUUCUUCAGAAGGAGUAUCACAAAGAAUGCUGUAUAUAAAUGUAAGAGUGGAGGAAACUGUGAGAUGGACAUGUAUAUGCGAAGAAAAUGCCAGGAGUGUCGACUCAGGAAGUGCAAAGAGAUGGGCAUGCUUGCGGAAUGCUUGUUAACAGAAAUCCAGUGCAAAUCCAAACGUCUGAGGAAAAACACGAAAGCCUCGUCUGAUGAAAGUAUAGGGGAUGAUGUCGUUGAUAGUAGAGAUCCUAAACAGGUUGUAUCUUCCACUAAACCCUUCAAGGAAAAUAUAGAACUGAGCCAAGACCAGCAGGCUUUGAUUAAUUAUAUCGUUGAUGCUCACAACAAACAUCGCAUUCCUCAGGAUAUGGCCAAAAAGCUGCUCCAAGAGCAAUUUAAUGCAGAAGAAAACUUCCUUCUGCUAACAGAAAUGGCCACUAGUCAUGUGCAGGUGCUGGUGGAGUUCACCAAAAACAUACCAGGUUUUCAGUCUCUGGAUCAUGAAGACCAGAUCGCUUUAUUAAAAGGUUCUGCAGUAGAGGCCAUGUUUCUGCGUUCAGCCCAGGUCUUCAGCAAGAAACUGCCCAAUGGACACACCGAGGUGCUGGAAGAGAGGAUCAGAAGAAGUGGGAUUUCUGAGGAGUUUAUCACACCCAUGUUUAACUUCUAUAAAAGCAUCGGAGAGCUGCAGAUGAUGCAGGAGGAACAUGCUUUACUCACUGCCAUCACGAUUCUAUCACCAGAUAGACCGUAUGUGAAGGACCAGCAGUCGGUGGACCGUCUGCAGGAGCCCUUGCUGGAGGUACUGAGGAAGGUCUGUAAACUACAGCACCCCCAGGAGCCCCAGCAUUUUGCACGACUUCUCGGUCGCCUAACUGAGCUUCGCACCCUCAACCACCACCACGCUGAAAUGCUGGAAUCAUGGCGCAUGAGUGACCACAAGUUUAACCCCCUCCUCUGUGAGAUCUGGGAUGUUCAGUGAAACAGAAUAUGCACAAUAAAAAAAUGGACGGGUGAAGGAAGAAUGCCAAAGACUUUCACUAAGCUGCCAAACAAUGGAUUUGACCCAGUUUUGACUGUAAAAGUAUUAAAUGUAAACUUAAUAUAUUGUCGAGCGUUAAAUAAAACGAGAUGAUUUUGAGA